GUGAUACCGCGCUAACCAUGCUGAAUAUAGCAUUCCGUAUUCCGUCACAGAUGGGCUAAUUCUGCUAGAUUCUACCGGCUCGGAGAUUCCGAGAAAGAAGUGUGCGAAAUUGUGCGAAAAUAAACUUCUCGCGGACGGAGGAUGCUGUUGCACCGAAUGUCGUCGUUGUUCCGCGGAGGAACUAUUCUUAAGAAGACGAAAGUGAUAUCAAAGCCGUUUCUCCGAACGACGAUAACCACGCCGUCCGGGGCGAUUCUACCCGAACCGAAGAGAACGCCAUUCAGUUUUCUGGGUGUCGUCACCAGCGUGAUAUUCGGUCUGCUGGUCGGCGCCACAAUCAGCAAGAACAUUGCCAACUUCCUGGAGGAGAACGAUCUCUUCGUUCCCUCCGACGACGACGAUGACGAUGACGACGAUUAGCGUUCAGCUAAUUUUGUCCUGUUGUGAUUGUUGAAAUUACUCUACCGGCUAGACGUGCUCCUAAUGUUAAUUG